UAACGUUUUAAAUUAUUUUUAUGGAACUAAUAUGAUAUGAUUAUAAAAUAAAAAAGACAUAUAUUGAAAAUGGAUGUUACUGAUAACUUUGAAAGUGCUGGAAUAUCAGAAUUGGUAUUAAAACUUUGUAAUCAUGUUUCAAAAAAUGAUCAAGCUUUAGCAGCAAAAUUGUAUAAAAUGGCUUUUAGCUUCUUGUCGUUUUCUUCUUCUGUGUCAAAGAAUAUUCCAUGUGAUGAAGCAUAUAUCGUUACACAGAUAACACAACUUCUACAGUCAAAAGAAAAAAUAGAUCAAUUUGAAUUGAUAUAUUCAAAUAUUUGUAAAUCAAGUAUUUUGCAACAUCGCUGUGCAACUUUAACAUUUAUUUUCAAUCUAGCAAAGACUCAAAAAGAUGUACCAGUAUGGCAUAUGACGAAAGAACUUGAUAAAUUCAGUACACAGUCGCAAAUAUUUAAGAAUAAGUCACAGUUACAGUUAGCUAUGACAAGUUCUUCAUCACAGGAAAGUGUUAGGCAUAUUUUUGAUAUACGAGAAAAGAAAAAAUUUAGUAACAACUCGCAAUCAAAUAUUAUAAGGGCACAAUCACAAACAACCACGUUAUCUUCUGUUACUUGGUCUAAAAGUGAUAUUCCUCCUUCCUCUAAACUGUCAAAUUUAGCAACCGUUACUGAACAAGAUUUAUUGCAAGAUGUUAUAUACUCACUUCAGGGAAUUGAGGGAAAAUUUUUGAGAAAAGAACCUGGUGGUUUAGGUUUCACUAUAGAUCCUAAAGCUGGUAAGCUUCUAACUCCUAUUCAACGUGGACUGUUAGAAAGACUUACUGGUAUGAGUUUCUUACAUAAACAACUUAAACAGUAUAUUGAAGAUAAUGAAAAACAAAGCGGUAUUAUUUGUCAAGCCCUUAUUGCUACCUUAAGUGAUGAAUUAUCUGAUUACUAUAAAACAGUGGCACUUUUACAGGCGAGUAUGAAUAGAGAAAGUUGUAAAGACAAUUCCGAAAUGACUUUGAAAAGGGCUCUGUAUGUUAUGCAUGAGCAUCGUUCAAGAUUUGAAUGGCUGGCCUACAUUUCGGAACAAUGUAGUGACAAAAAGGGAGGAGCUCUUAUUACAGCUAUUCAUGGAUUUUUACAACAUGGUUCCAAGUGUGCUCAAGAGGAAUUUAUUGUAUUAGUUCAAGAGUCAGAUUCCUGGAGAUAUUCUCAGCUAGUAAAUUUUCCCAAAUGGAAAAUUUCUGAUUGUUCACCCCUUCCUGAAGCCUUAUUUGCUCCUGAACAAAGCAUUGAAUUUCAUACUACAUUGGAAAAUGUUUACAAAGAAACAUCACUACGUGUUUUGGACUUACUCAAAAAUAAAUACAAAUUAUAUGAACAUUUGCAGUCUUUGAGAAGAUACUUACUUUUAGGACAAGGAGAUUUUAUAAGGCAUCUAUUAGAAUUGCUGGCUCCAGAAUUGAAUAAGCCAGCUGAAAACAUCUAUGGCCAUACAUUGACCGCCAUUUUAGAGUCUGCUAUAAGAGUUACAAAUGCACAGUAUGAAGAUGAGGACACUCUAAAGCGUUUAAAUGUUAGUUUUAUGAGUCACUCCUCAGGAGAUAUGGGUUGGGAUGUAUUCAGUUUAGUUUAUAUCGUUGAUGGACCAAUUGGAACUAUAUUUCAACAAACUAUGCCAACGUAUCAAAGUUUAUUUGGAGCUUUGUGGAAAGCAAAGAGAAUGGAAUUUGCACUUGCCAAUAUGAGACGGCAACAAAUUUCUAUGGCAAAACUCUUUAGAAGGAUUAAAGAACUGAAACCUGUAAUGCAUAUUAUACAUAUAUUAACAAGCAAAAUGAUCCAUUUCUUGCAUCAAACACAGUACUAUUUUCUGUUUGAAGUUUUGGAAUGUUCUUGGGCUGAAAUGCAAAAUCAGGUUAAUAAAGCUGAAUGUUUAGAUGAUAUUAUUGUGGCUCAUACAGUAUUUCUAAGUUCCAUCCAAAGAGGAGUUCUCUUAGAUGAAAAUUCAAGACAAUUGUUUUCUCAUCUGAUAUCAAUUUAUAAUUUUGUUGUAAAUUUGGAGGCGCACCAAGAAGCAUUAUAUCAAGCCGCGUUAGAUGAACAUAAUGCUUAUAUGAAGUAUUACAGUAAAGUGAAUGGAGAAAGUGGUUUUGGUACAACAACUGAAGGAGAAGUAGCAGCUAAAGCUCGAGUAGCAAGCUUUCGCCAGUUUUUAAAUACAACGAAAUUAAAAAUUAAAACAUCUGCCCAGACAUAUGAUGUAAUUGUUAAGAACUUUUUAGAACUCUUGUCAAAAAGUAUGAAUAUGAAUUUGCGUUUGUUGAGUGUAAGAUUAAGUUUUAAUAACUUUUAUAAUGUUGCAUGACCAAGUAUUGAUAACAUUUCUGGUACUUCCCUCAUCUUGGAUAGUGAGAUUUACUCUGUAGGUCCAAACACUUAUGAGAAUAAUUCGGAAACUUUCAUUGAUUGUAAAACUUCAAAGAGUUGUAAUAAAAUUACUUGCUGUUCAUCACCUAGUUGCAUAUCAACUGAUACUACAAACAUUAGUAACUCAAGGUCUGUUAUUUCCUCGAAAUAUGGAAGUGUGGUUUCAUUAUUAGACAAUAAUAAAAAGAAACGUAAGCAUAUCUGAUGUUGUGUUGGAUGAAAGGUGUACCAUGUAAUUAUUUAGCACCUCUCCCACAUAAGAGAUGGUUUUAUUUAUAUUAAUGUUGUAGGUAUUAGCAUUAUAAUCAUGGAUAUAUUCUCAUUAGGUUUUUACAUAAAUCUGAAAAUUCCUUUAAUUUUUUUUCUAUGGAUUUAAAUAAUAGUAUUAUACAUGGUGAUUUACAAAUGGCGACCAAAAAUGAAUCCUUGUAUUCUUUGGUAAAUUUUAAGAGGAGUCUUUCCUACAAAGUUUUUAUCUAGGAUGCUUUGUUAA